GCCAGACUGGUUGCCAUAGAAACGAGAGAGGAGCAGGGGAGCCUGGGAAGUGGGGAUGACACAGAUACCAAGUCCUAGUCUGAGCUGCCGCUACAUUUAGGAGAAACAGCACUGUCUGCGGCUCCCACUCUCCAAGGGGACCCGUGGGGGGGACGGUGUCAGGGGCAUGGACACCACCCCCCAAGGGUCUCUGCUGCCGGCCACUCUCCUCUCCACAAGCUACCUUUGUAUGUAUGGUCCCUACCUCUUAGGGGACCCUGGGUGCCUAGGGAAGGACUCUGGACAUUCAUCUCUCAGGAAAGACUGCAACUCAGAGAGCUCCUCAGGGGGAAGAAUUUGAAGCAAUAUCAGGCCCUGCAGGACGGCCGGGGCGGCGGAGGGGACGCGCCCUGCAGCAGCCGGGGCCGCCAUGGCGCAGGAGAACGCGGCCUUCUCACCCGGGCUGGAGGAGCCUCCGCGGCGCCGCGGCCGCCAGCGCUACGUGGAGAAGGACGGGCGCUGUAACGUGCAGCAGGGCAACGUGCGCGAGACCUACCGCUACCUGACGGACCUGUUCACCACGCUGGUGGACCUGCAGUGGCGCCUCAGCCUGCUCUUCUUCGUGCUCGCCUACGCGCUCACCUGGCUCUUCUUCGGCGCCAUCUGGUGGCUCAUCGCCUAUGGCCGCGGCGACCUGGAGCACCUGGAGGACACGGCGUGGACGCCGUGCGUCAACAACCUCAACGGCUUCGUGGCCGCCUUCCUCUUCUCCAUCGAGACCGAGACCACCAUCGGCUACGGGCACCGCGUCAUCACCGACCAGUGCCCCGAGGGCAUCGUGCUGCUGCUGCUGCAGGCCAUCCUGGGCUCCAUGGUGAACGCCUUCAUGGUGGGCUGCAUGUUCGUCAAGAUCUCGCAGCCCAACAAGCGCGCCGCCACACUGGUCUUCUCCUCGCACGCCGUGGUGUCCCUGCGCGACGGGCGCCUGUGCCUCAUGUUCCGCGUGGGCGACCUGCGCUCCUCCCACAUCGUCGAGGCCUCGAUCCGCGCCAAGCUCAUCCGCUCGCGCCAGACGCUGGAGGGCGAGUUCAUCCCUCUGCACCAGACCGACCUCAGCGUGGGCUUCGACACGGGGGACGACCGCCUCUUCCUCGUCUCGCCGCUCGUCAUCAGCCACGAGAUCGACGCCGCCAGCCCCUUCUGGGAGGCAUCGCGCCGCGCCCUGGAGAGGGACGACUUCGAGAUCGUGGUCAUCCUCGAGGGCAUGGUGGAAGCCACCGGAAUGACGUGCCAAGCUCGGAGUUCCUACCUGGUGGAUGAGGUGCUGUGGGGCCACCGCUUCACGUCAGUACUGACCCUGGAAGAUGGCUUCUACGAGGUGGACUAUGCCAGCUUCCAUGAGACCUUUGAGGUGCCAACACCUUCCUGCAGUGCCCGAGAGCUGGCAGAGGCCGCAGCCCGCCUUGAUGCCCAUCUCUACUGGUCCAUCCCCAGCCGGCUGGAUGAGAAGGUGGAAGAGGAGGGGGCGGGAGAGGGGGCAGGUGGGGGAGAUGGAGCUGACAAGGAGCAGAAUGGCUGCCUGCCACCCCCAGAGAGUGAGUCCAAAGUGUGACCGGCUUUCUCCAACCCCCUGUGGCAGAUCUGGGGCCAAACACAGGUGCAUGGAAACUACAGAGCGGAGGUAAGAAGAGGCAGGCAACAUCCCAGGCAAUGGCUAAAGUCAGAGAGGCCCACUGAGUCCAGGAUCCAGCAAGGAAGGCAGGGGCCCUGGUUUGAGAAUGGAGGAUGGGGUGGGAGAACACAUCAGUCUGUCUGUGUUUGACCUUCACAUCUGUUUGGGGGGACAGAAGGAUAGAUUGAUGGGUGUUGGAUGGAAAGGUGGGGGCAGAGACAGCCAAUGGGAAGCUUCUGUGGCAAGGGACUGACAGCUGGCACACUCAGUGCUGUCAUUACCUGUAGCACGCCUUUGUGCAAAUUCUAAAGGUACUAGACAGAGGCAGCCUCAAACCAGGGUGCAUGGCUUGGGGAGCAGAGUAUGGGAUGGACUAUAGUCCCUACUCACCUCCUCAGCCAGCCUCCCUAUGUGUGGCACACCUGUACGACCAGACACAGUGGCCAUGGUUGACACAGAGGAGAGAAACUUGGAUAGAGAUAGGCACAGAUGAUGAAGGUGCUCUCCCAGCCUCACUCUCCCACUGUGAUAGGCUCAGGAAGUAUCAAUGACCUUGGCCCUCAGGGGACAGAUGCUGAGCUGGGGCCCUGCAGCAGAGCUUGAAGAGACCCAAGUAUGGCAAUUCUCUGACAGUGGAGUGAGUGAGACCUUACAGGUCCUGCUACAGAGGCAGGAAGGCAGAGAGAGGCUCUGAAGUAGAAGAAAAGGCCCAGGGAGAGCCUUUAAAGUACUUUUAUGGGGGAAGUCAGGUCCCUGGGGAAAGCAGUUUAUCCUUGGGGUGCAGUGGGAGGAGGUCAUUCAAAACAGGGAUUGGAUGGCAAGUGUGACAUUCAAAGACCUGGUUCCUGUCACCAGAACACAGGGGAAGAUCAGGACUAUCCCUGAGGCAACUGAACAAAGCAUGGAUCACAGUCAAUCUGUACAACCUUCUGGAGCAAGAGGUGAAACGGUGUUAGCAAUCAGGAAGCUAGGGUUGAGUAAGGCAGGGGGAUGGGGGAAGACAGCAGUCACAAAGCCUUACCGCAUACCAUUCACCUAGAGGGCUUGUUAAAACAGAUUGCUGGGCCCUACUCCUAGCGUUCUGACUCAGUAGGUCUGGGAGGAACCCAAAAACCUGAACAUCUAACAGGUUCCCAGGUCAUGCUGACACUGCUGGACUGAGGACCACACUUGGAUGGGGCAUCUAAGCUGAGGAGCUGAGGAUCCCAAGGAGCAAAGAAAUGUGAGGGAGACAGUACUGUCUGUGGGAAAGAGGACCCAGGACCAGCCUGAAGAACUUAACUUUGGGUCUAGGAACUUGACUGUCAGGAGAAACUGGCCAAUGACACGGUGAGGUAGCAUUUAGGAAGAUGAAUGGGCAUCAGAGAGGUUGAAGCAGUAAGAAGGCCUUUUGGAGGUUCCUAAGGAGGCAGUGGGGCAGCUCUAACAGUGCAGGCGUCAACCACAAAGGACCAAAUCUCUCAUAUGACUAACCAGGCAAGAUUAGCUAGGGGAGAAAAUGAGAGCCUAUACUUCUGUUGUCUGCUGUCAUCUGCCCUGCCAAGACAGGGGACCUUGUCUUGCACAUCUCAUCCCACCUCCACCGAAUCCUGAUCUCAUGUUGGGAUGGUGAGGGGAGAGCACUGGCAAGUUCAGGAACACAUGGUCAGUCAGUCAAGGGACCUGGAGCAAACAUGUCCUCAGCCCUGGCUACACCCACUUGUAUCAUUGAAUAAAGGUCUGCUGUUCUGUUCCAGGCUUGGAAGCCUGGGUCCUAUGA